AUGAACAUCACGGAUUACCAUUUUGGUGCGAUGUUGCAACUGAUCAAGGAGACCUCGCUACGAGAGUUGGACUUGAAACGGAGUGAUUCUCGUGAACUCAUGAAACUACUUCAGCCGGUGCGGCCAAUGGUCACUACGGGCUACGGCGUGAGGAGGGAGAUAGCGUUGAAGAAUCUAUCGCUGGGCAAAGACCAGUUGUAUAGGAAGCUAGGAGGCGAGAAGGGCAUUCGAGAGACUCUGAAUAUUCUGUAUCAAAUCGUCACUACCGAUACGCGAAUCAAAGAGUUCUUCGACGAUAAGAAAAUCAAGAAGAUAAAAGAAGGUCAAACGAAGUACUUCAUUGAAAUGUUUGGAGGUCCAAAGAAAUCCACCACCCGUGAGCUCUAUGCAAUCCACGAAACGCUCGGCAUCAACGACUUCCACUUUGAUGCUUUCAUCGGUGACUUCCAACGAGCAAUGCUGGGCACUGGCAUUGACGAGGUAGUCAUGGAUGAGGUAAUGAUUACCAUCGAGCAAGUACGACCACAAGUGAUGGGACGAAAGACUGUCGAAGUUGCUGGUGUAAUGAAGAACGGCAAGUCCCUGUUGAUGAGGUUAGGUGGCGAUAUGAACUUGGAGUCUCUCGUUGAGAAUAUGUACGACCGUGCCGUAGUGGACUCGCGGGUCCAAUUCUUCUUCAAUAGAGACAAGGCAACUCAGAGAAGGAUUCGUAUGCGAAUGUACCAGUAUUUAAGCGGAGCAUUUGGAGGCCCGAUACAAUAUGAUCCAGCUAACCUGAAGCCCGCCCAUUAUAAUAUGAACAUCACCAACUAUCACUUCGACGCCGUAUUGGAGGUCCUCACCAACGCAGCCAGGGAAAUGAAAAUAGAUGUUGAUACUAUAGACGAUAUGACGCAGAAGUUCAAGUCCUCGAGAAGAAAUAGUCAGGUCGUGAAUGGUAUACGAUCGGACGUGACCAUUGGUUGCACAGUCAGAAUGGAGGCAGCGAAAAAGAAGAACGAAACCGACGGUUUGGAUCAGCUGUUCAUGAAGUUGGGAGGACACGAAGGAAUCUCUCACUUCAUCAGCCACUUGUAUGAGUUUGUCGAAAGAGACAACAGGAUCAACAUGUUUUUUGAGGGGUCCAAGUUGGAGCUCAUCAAGAAGGCCCAGGCAGCUUACAUCAGCAUGCUUCUAGGAGGAUCGUCGGAAUACAACGGCCGGAGUCUCGAGGAGAUACACCAGACUCUGGCCAUGACCGAUUUCCAUCUGGACUGUUUCCUCCAGUGUGUCCAGAAGUCCCUCAAAGACUUUUGCAUGAACUGUGUCUUCGGCCAGGCUUCGAUGACUCCUAAAUCGAGUCUGCCUCAUAUUGCUCUACUCGCAUGA